GCUCCAUAACGCGCAGCACCGCGUCCGACGAAACUUGGAUGCCAUGCAUGACGCGCUUCGGGACGCGCCGCCGCGGGGGCGGAUCCUAUGACCUGUUUGAAGAAGCGAGAAAAUACUCGCCAGUCCUUGUCCGCGGUUUCAGCUCGGGAAACAUCUCGGUUGUUGACAAACAGAGCUGGCUCGAAGUGUGCGAUACCAAACAUCGGUACGGAGCCAACCUUCAGGCUUACUACAGAGCGUGGAAAAUGCUUCCGGAACGGCCCACGGGGUUCUGGGAAUGGCUCGACGACGAGUCGGUCGAAGUUGAAGGUGUGUCCCGCGCGAAACUCGACCGAGAAACCGUACUCUACUUUGACGAAGCCGAGCGCAAAAAAUUUGCCUUAGACAUCCGACCGGAUGGACGCCUCGUCACGCGAUGGGACCAACAACCCAUCAAUACGGGCGAUGACGGGUGGAUCUUUGUGCUCCGCGACGGUGUCUUGUACGGCAGCGAAAAGGUGACGAACCAAGUGCCUCGCAUACAUCACACGAGCCUAGUGGGCGGGGAAUGUGUCCAAGCCGCUGGCAUGAUCGUCGUGGCUGACGGCAUCCUCCAAGUCAUGUAUCCUCACAGCGGCCACUAUCGACCUUCCGAGCACGAAGUUCUUGUGCUUUUGCGCUUCUUGCAGUCGAAAGGGAUUCCCCUGCAAGACACCCAAGUCGACGUCCAGCGAAUUCAAAAACGCAGCCGCGACAUCGUAAACGGCAAGAAGGUCAAGAAGAUCGACAACGCGUACUUUUGGCCUGGCGACCGCGUCCUCGACUUCCUCCACGUCAAAGAACUCGCGUGCGAAGCCGAUCUCUUCCACCACAUCGAGCGGUCCACCCGCGUCGAAGAUAUCUCUCCCACUGGCGAUGCCGCCAGUCCCAUCAAUAUUCAUUAACUUAUCGCUCGACAAAUACACUGUCACUAUUUAUAUACCUAA